AUGGUUUUCGAACUGUCCAAGAACGGGCCUCAGGUUGCUCUCGGCGACAAAUGCGAUGCCAAGUGCUUUGAUUAUUCGAAGUCCGGUGCAAAGGCAAAGUCGAGCCCUUUUGGCCAGGACAACAGCUGGAACAGCAACAAGGCAGCCCAGCAGUCAAACAACGGCUGGGGGCAAUUCAAGAACAAGCAAAACUUUGUCAACAUGCACAUGUUCUGAAACUUUUCGAAGAGCCCUGGACUGACACCCAGCGAAAUGCAUUAAUUUAAAUGUGUGUGCGUGGCCGUUUUAGCGCCCUGUUGUUCGGGAGUGAAUAUGUCAAUAACAGGAGGCUUUUUCGGCCAAAAACCCUUUUUUUAUGAACACUCUGGGGUUUUGCAUCAUUUCUGCUUCGUGUUUUGUCCAGCAGCCAUAUUAUGAAAAUAGCCUUUGCAUACAAUAUAUUAGUAAGGGUUAGAUCCUGAAGGCGUCACUGGAAAAGUUAGCUUUUUGAGUGUGUCCCCGGGCUUUCUUGCGGGGUUGCUUGCAAUUAGGGAGCUAAGUGAAGUGACGCUCGUUUUUUUGUCGCUCUUAAGUUCAUCUUUCGCCGGAAUUGAAUCGCGAGACAAUUUAUGACGUUGUGUGUGGAAGGUUAACUUCCCGUUUUGCCGACUGAUGCUUUCUUCGUCUUUGCGAAACGGUUUUGGGAAAUCAUCGUGCGUUCCUUUUUAUUUUGUUGUUCUCCUAUUUGUAGCAGUUGAUGCUAAAUCGAGUCAAAACAAAUGUUGUUCAUUAAUACCGCUCGCUUCGUAUUCAUUCAAGUGAUGGUAGAAAUACAUCGGGGUUGUGGCUAACAACA